AAGUUGUUAUACCCAAGACCCCUUGAAAAUUUACUCGCUGGAAUAACCGAAUAUAACACAUUGUAAGAGCGAAUUGAAAUUGCUGUUCGCUCCGAAAUUUCUCGAAUCGGCCGAAAUAUUUCUACUAAUUCAAAGUGAGUGAAACAAGACGACGAUCCAAUUAAUUGAUAAAAAUUGUCCUCUCACUCUCUCCGACACAGAUACACACGAAAGGAUUAAAAAAAAGAUGAGCUACAGCAUAAUGCAUACCGCGUACAUAACAUAUAUUUUUAGUUGGGGCGGCCAUUUGAAAUGGUCGGCGUCUUCGAUGAGUCUAUUUAUCGCUCUUGUUCUCUGCUACUACUGUACAUGAUACUGGUCAAUGAUUAAUCAAGGGGGGUUAAAAACCAGUUACACCCUUUAUUAUUUGAGACUGUAUCUCUCGGUGUUGAAUGAAUAAUAAAAGGUAUGAUAUACUGUUAAUGUUUUUCAGAAAAAAAGCUGGUUUUAAUUUUAGCCAAAACCUAGUUAUAAGAAAUUGUUUUUUAGCAAAAAUAUUAUAAUAAAUCAAUCUGCCUUCAAACCCAGAAUUUGGAGCAACUAAUCAAAUCACUAAAUGAGAUUGAGCUGGCGAAAUCAGUCAAUUUACAACGCAAAUUACUUUGUAAUUUAAUUUACACAUGCACCUGCGGCUCCACUCCAUUAUUCAUGAUCAGCUGCAAAGUUGCAACUUAAAUUACGGUUCUUUUUUUUAAGUGAUGAAUUAAAUAAAAAAUCUCUCAUUUCCAACAAUAAAUUAAAUAAAUAUUAAAUUUAAUUAAUUUGUAAGCAAUAAAUUAAAUUUUGGAAAUUUACCGAAAAAGUUAAUUUCUAAAAUAAUAAUAAUAAUACCAUUUCAACUGCUUCCGUUUGAAGACGCUCACCCCCUAACCCUCCCCUUAAACAAAAGUAGCAAGGAAAUCAAAUUUGCGUUCGCUCAAGCGGCCACCGAAUGCAAUUGGUGCGGCCACUGGUGCGUUCUGUGAGAUAAGAGGCGAUUUUGUAUUUUAUUUCACCCCAACCAAUGUAGCGAGCGCCUGCGUCACUCUGACUGGGCAACCCGCACAACCUGACGAGUCUCCUUUGAACAUGGAAGAGCAACGCAAAAAGGUCCUCGCCGAAGCUGAAACUGAGCUGGAGACCCUUCUGCAGCUGACGGAGGGUCUCUCGAAGGGCCAAGUGGUCGAGGCGUGCGCCCCUCUGGUCGCGGCCCACAGGAGGUUUGUGGCGAAAAGGGCGGCGUGCCUGCUUUUGGCCGCCACCGUGGCGUUUUUCAUCAUUUCUUGCUCGGCAACGGCCAGGCUGCAUCUCCAUGCGGUCGCAAGAAUUGCACUUGUAAAGCUUCUGCCAUGGUGGGACUGGCGACCUUUGCACCGUCAGAAAUGCCUGGUGUCCAACCCCCACUUUUCUCCGCCUUUAAUUGACUUGAAGGACGAUUGUGUGUCCUGCGAGGCAAUUGAAAGCGUGGACAGAGUCUCGGACACUUCAUACCAACACCUUCUGGACGCUUACCUUCAGAGAGAUGCUCCAGUGAUCGUGGUGGACGCAAUGGACUCGUGGCCAACAAUGCGCAGCGACAACUUCUGGUUUGAUAACCUCACGCAGGCGUAUUUAAACCAUGGUUCCAAAUCGAAAGGACCAAUGCCCUGUGCAUUUUCAUCGAACAUCCGAGCUGGAUCCGCAGCUGAAUUCAGAACCCUGAUAACAAAACUCGGCAAUCCUCGUUUGGACAAGUGGUUUGCACAUUGGUUGAAUUGCGACACCUCUGCCAUGAAAUCUCUGCGGCCACUCUACCAACGACCGUAUUUUCUCGCCUCUUCGGUGGCUCCCGCUCACUUCAACUGGGUCUUGAUUUCCUCCAAUUACAGGGCAAAGAUAUACAAAAAGUUGAAUUUGGAAACUGGCUUGGUUACGGUCCAUCAGCUGAGAGGAUCAACGCAAUUUCAUCUUCUGCCAAUUCCAACGUGCGAGAAAAUGUGCAACGACGUCGCAGGAACAAUUUAUGAAGGCGAAACUUUGGUGUUUGUAAACUUUCUGUGGAAUUUCGAGUACAGCCCUGGAAGAGGUGCAGAAAACAUUGCCAUCGUCACAGAAACGAACUGGGACACAUUUACCGUGUACUAAACAAUUAAUGUUGAAAAUAAACUAACUUUGACC